AUGGCGGAGCUAGCUUCGGGUUAUCGCAAGGUGUCACCCGAAGCUAUUCCAGACCUGAUUGCGUGGCUCGGCAGGUGCCUGGCGGUGCGGCAGGAGCAGCCCAACUCGCCGCUGUGGCGCACGUCCGUGCUGCAGUUCGCCGACGUCCUCGACCACGCGCUGCUGCUCGACUGCCCCCCGCACCUCCUCCCCCUCCCCUCUUCCCCCGCCCCCUCCGCCCCCUCCGCCCCAUCCGCCCUAUCCGCCUCGCCUGCUGGAUCCCAACAAGCCCCAUCUGCCCCCAUCGCUGGAACGGCGGCAGCAGAGAGCAGGGGGGGCGGGGAGAAGGGGAAGGAGGGCAGGGAGCAGCAUGGAACGGCCGAGGCAGGGCCGCAUGGAGAGGCGGAGGCAGGUUCAAGGAGCGAUAGUGAUGCAGCGGUGGAAGAGACACAAGGUCAGUGCACACACCAGCAGGAGGGGCAGCAGCAGCAGCAGCAGCAGCAGCAGCAGCAGCAGCAGCAGCAGCAGCAGCAGCAGCAGCAGCAGCAGCAGCAGCAGCAGCAGAGCGUGGCACUGUCGGGCGCCACGGCCACGUGGGAGGCGGCAGUGCGGCAGCGGUUCUGGAAGGAGCUGGUGGCGCUGUACGAGGGCGUGGUGCGCGGCAUGUGCGCAGGGGAGGGGGUCGUCAGGGGCAUGGGCACGGGGGAGUGGCAGUCUGGGUCCGUCCAAAAUCUGCCGCCGGCUCAGGUGCAUGAGGACGAGGUGCUACAGGAGCGGAUGGUGCGGUUGCUGGGAGAGAAAGUGCUCAGAUACUGCCAAGACGCGCCACUGGAGGUGAGCGGGGGCCGGGACAGGAAUAUGGCCCACACAGACUCACACGGUUUGCACUACUCACGUGUACGUGCACCCGCCUUUGCUGCUAUAGCCGCCCCGCUGCCCUUCCCGGAUCAGGUGAAGCAGCGCCUGGUGGGGCUGCUGCUGGACCUGGCAGAGAGGGCCGUGGGGGAGGUGCAGCUCACAGGGGGUGGCCGUGGCCGUGGGAGCUCAGGGCACAGUGGCUCCGAGCAAGGAAAAGCGCCCAGCAAAGCAGCCGCGGCUGCACCAGCAAGCAACGGCAGUCUGGCAGCAACUGGCUCAGGUGCUGGUUCAGGAGGGCAGGGGCCUAAGGGCGAGGGGAAGGCAGCUGCGCCUCUGAGUGGGCUUGCGCGCGUGGGUAGCUGGCUGGGGUGGGGUGCUGCUGGUGGGGCAGGGGCAGGGGGGCAGGUGAAGGCGACAGGCAGUGUGGGAAGAGGGGGAAGCGACGGCUUGAGUGGCAACGGUGGCAGUGGCAGUGGUGGGCAUGUGGUGGUGAGCAGGACGAGAAGCAGCAGUGCUGUUGCUGUGGGGAGUGGAAGCAGAGGCAGCGAUGGGGGCAUAGUGGAUCAUUCGCUGGUUGGGGUAGGCAGCGGCAGCGUGGGUGACAAUGGCGGCAGUGGUGGUGGCAGUGGUGAGGGGGGCUGCGGCAUGUGGAGGGAGACGUUGCACCCUGUGUGCUUCACUGCCAUCCACCUGCUGCCCCAGAUCUGCGGGUGA